AUGGAUGAGCUAAAUCCAAACCGGUACAAACGCAGUAAUGCGAGACUCAUACGGUAUUGCCUCGUCCCUUCGACAUUGGCGGUCAUCUAUGGCAUGGGGAUUGCGCAGACUGGAGGGUUCCUGGCCAUGUCCGAAUACAACCAGGACUUUGGAGAGUACAACUCGGCGACCGGAAGCAAGGCGCUCACGGCGCCCCAGAUUUCUGGCCUCACAGGCACGACACUGGGCGCGGCUUGUGUUUCUGCCAUUUUCGCUGGGACUGUGGGCACCCGCUAUGGUCGCAAAAUCGGCCUCACAUUGGCAGCAUUGCUGUAUGUCAUCGGACUCAUACUCAACUGUGCGGCGACAAGUUACGCCUUUGUCAUCGUGGGUAAAGUCAUUCUUGGGUUGGCAGUUGGACUGGCUGCGAACUUCGUCAUCGCAUACUGGGCCGAAACGUCCCCUGUCAAGAUGCGAGGCCUCAUCACGCUCUUGUAUGGGGCCAUCACCAAUCUUGCCCAGUUUGUUGGGGCUUGCAUCGUUAAGGGCACGAGUGAGUUGACGACGAGCUGGGCGUGGAGAGCCUCUUUGAUGACGGAGUUCAUCCCGCCUCUUAUCCUGCUUACCUUCAUUUAUUGGAUUCCCGAGACACCCAGAUGGUAUGCUUCGCACGGCAAGAAUGCACAGGCCCGCGAAGCAAUGUGUCACGUCAGAGGACCGACCUGGCCUGAAGAAGAGAUCGACGCUGAAAUCGACGACAUUGUCGGCAUGUUAGAGAUCGAGAGACAACUCGAAGGCUCCUCCAGCUGGAUCCACUGCUUCCAAGGGACUGACUUACGGAGAACUCUAUUGGCCAUCUUUGCUCUUCUGGGUCAAGAGUUUUCCGGUGUCGCCUUCAUCGCUGGAUACGGAACGCUAUUCUUCUCUCUCUCGGGUGUAACAGAUCCGUUCACCACGAAUGUUAUUUCCUCCAUGUGCGGUAUUGCGGGCUCCCUGACCUCUUUCGUCCUUGUCAAGUACGUGGGACGCCGAAAGAUCCUCGUUGGCGGCACAGUCGUACAGACUUUCUGCAUGUUCGCCUUUGCCAUCAUCGGAGUUGCUACCCCGGGCACUCAUGCAGCUGCCAAGUCCUUGGUCGCCUUUGUGUGCAUCUUCAACUUUUCCUAUGGUGCAUCCUGGGGCCCUGUGGCAUUUGUCCUCAUUGGAGAACUGCCGUCGACCAAGUUAAGGUCCAAGACCUUGGCCCUGGCCACCUCCGUCGGCUGGAGCUUCAACGUACUCAUCUCGGUCGGUAUGCCUUACUUGCUGAGUGACGCCUACGUCAUGCUAGGAACCAAGGUGGGAUUCAUAUUUGGGGCAACCGAGCUGUUGGCCUUCGUCUUUGCUUUCUUCUUUCUCCCAGAAACCAAAGAUCGGACGCUUGAAGAGAUUGACGAGAUGUUCAUGAAUAAAGUACCGGCUUGGGAAUUCAAGAACUAUGUCACGACAAAGACUGUGCAAGGCAUCUCGGUAGGUAGUGAAAUGGUAAACGUCAUUGGAGAGGAUAAAGGUGCCAUCUCUCAUGUUGACCGAGCGGCUUGA